CCUUCCUAUUCAGAGCAUCAUAAACCUCUUAUAUGUCCCUCUACCGCUACUCCAUAACCAGAAUAAACAAAAACACAACCUUUUCCUAUCUUAUAUUUGGCGUCUUUUGCUGUAUAAGGCCAUCCCUCACCUCUCACCCUUUUCCAUCUUCCUGUCUUUACAAAUUCACUGAAAAAACAACAAAGAAUUCGACAAUGGCUACAAUACCAUGGUGCUUCACAAUGGCCCUUUUCAUGGUCAUUCUCCUGGCAAUUCCUAAUGCCAGUUUGGCUAAGAUGAAUGUGAUUGAUAAAUGCUGGAGAGAGAAUCCUCUUUGGCGGAGUCACCGGCAACAGCUGGCCAAGUGCUCUGUUGGUUUUGCUGGCAAAAUGACCAACAACACUGGUAAAGGUGUUGUACGCUAUAUGGUCACCGAUCCUUCUGAUGACCCUCUAAAUCCUAAGACAGGGACCCUUCGUCAUGGAGUCACCAUGAUCAAGGGAAAAGUAUGGAUCACUUUCAAAAGGAACAUGCAUGUCACACUCCAAAGGCCGCUUCUCAUUAGCAGCUUCACCGCCAUUGAUGGCCGUGGUGUUGACGUUCAUAUUACAGGCGCAGGUUGCCUCUUGGUGUAUCAGGCGACAGAUGUAAUCAUCCAUGGGUUGCGCAUCCGCCAUUGCAAGUCCCAGCCACCUAGCUCUGUGAUGGGUCCAGAUUCAAAGGUGAUACCCCUUGGUCAGAUGGAUGGGGAUGCCAUCAGAUUGGUCACCGCAAGGAAAGUGUGGAUAGAUCACAAUACGUUGUAUGAGUGCCAAGAUGGUCUCCUUGAUGUCACUCGUGGCUCGACCGAGGUUACCAUCUCUAACAAUUGGUUCAGAAAUCAGGACAAAGUUAUGCUUCUUGGGCAUGAUGAUGGCCAUUUAAGAGACAGGAAUAUGAAGGCCACUGUCAUAUUUAACCAUUUUGGACCUAAUUGCAACCAACGAAUGCCUAGGGUCCGCCAUGGGUACGUGCAUGUAGCCAACAAUCUCUACCAGGGAUGGGAACAAUAUGCCAUCGGUGGAAGCAUGAGCCCCAGCAUCAAGAGUGAAUGCAACUUUUUCAUUGCUCCAAAAUUGGGCAAUAAGGAGGUAACAUGGAGACAAGGCAACGAGGCAGACAAAGCUUCAUGGAAAUUCUAUUCUGUGGGGGAUAUUUUCGAAAAUGGAGCAUCUUUCAGUAAGCAAACAGGACUAGGUGGGGCGAAGCCACUUUAUAACCAGGAACAGAGCUUUAAGGUUGCCGAUGCUACAUCAGUUAAAGAAUUGACAAGUUCAUCAGGUGUUUUACAAUGCUCUAGGACUUUGAGAUGCUAAGUCCAAAGCUUUUAAUGCUACACAAUAAAUUCAUUGUUCAAUAAU